CGCGUAGCUCUCAUUUCGCUGUGGUUUGCACUGUAAAACGGUCUAAUUGGCGACUGCGUAUUGCAACGACAGCGCGCGAUGAGCGCUGCACGCCAAGGCUGGCUGCAGGCCGCGCUUGGCGCUGCCGCCGGGGCUGCAGCCACGGCCCUGCUUUUACGCGCGCAGAAGCGAUCGAAUCUGCACGCGAGCGAAGAACUAGACAGUGCUGAUGACCCGCUGAGAAGGUUCAGAAAAACUGAAGCAGUGAUCCGCCGCCGCAACAGCCGCGUCGUCGUCGUCGUCGAGCGCUGCAACGAGUCCCACAACUGUGCUGCUCAGUGUCACUUCCUGCAAUCUUUUGGGCUCGCGUCGAUGGCGUCAAGCUCCACGCCAUCGAUGCGACGCCAUCGACGCGACGGUUCCGUUCCCACACAGACAGCGCCGUCCUGCGCACCGCGGAAGCCCUCGGCUACCACCACGUCUGGGUCGUCGCGCCGCCGACGCUGGAUAUUGAUGCGGCCAUCGCGAAGCGCCAGCCGCGGCGGGCGAAGAACGUCUGGAAGCAGGACGAGGACGAUUUGCGCGAGCACGUGGCCUACGCGAAGCGGGCGAGCAAGUGGCUCCAGCUGCGGUUCUUCGCGGACUCGGACGCGUGCGUGGAAGCGCUCCGCGCCGAUGGCCGCGAGAUUUGGGUCACGGACCUGUCGCAAGCGGCCGUGUGUCUGACGAACGCGAAGAUGCGGCUCCCGGCGCGGUUGGCAGUCGUGAUCGGCACGGAGUCCACCGGGUGCUCGCCGACGAUGCUGAGUGCGGCGGACAGGCGGAUCUACAUGCCGCUGCACGGGUUCGCGGACUCUCUGAACCUGUCGGUGGCCGCGGCGCUUUUGUUGCAGCGUCUGCAGGAUAUUGACGAUACGGUGGUGGGGGACAUGAGCGAGUCGGAACGGACGGCGCUCCGUAGGGAGUGGUAUCCGCUCAUGCUCCGGCCCACGGACGAUCCCGAGGAAAUAGAGCGCCUCGCGGCAUCGGGAGGAGUACCGCCCCUCGGCGACCUCCGCCGGACGUCGUCGCACCGCGCGGGGUGGCUGUCGAAGAGCGUCGUGAAGAGCAACGCGGCGCGGGGGCAGGCGAACGGGAUUGGGUCGUAAUUAUUGUUGUUGUGGUCC